AUGAUUCAUGGUCCCAAUUCUUCUUUCUCAGGUGCCUUUAGUAUUGGCAAAAAAAUACAAGGUAAUUUAAUGAUGAACUUCCUUAGCACUUGGAACUCAGAAUAACACUCCUGGGUAUUGACUAUUCAAUUAAUGUUAGACCUGAUCAUUACAAUCUGACAACUCCUCAAUCAUCAGGAUUCAAAUUUUCAAAAUCAGUCCGCAAAUAACUUUAUGAACCCAAGCCAAUUCCAGAGCCAGGAGCAUACGAUCCAAAUCUAUCGGUAUAUAAUCAUGAAAUUAGAUUAUUCAACCCAAUCCUCCAAACAUCAAAUUUAGCAAAGCUCAAGAAUAAGAGAAACUCCCUCUUGACAUCGGACCAGGCACUUAUAAUUGGAGUGAUCAAAAGAAAUCUCCAGCAUUUACCUUCUAAAAUAAAUUCGAAAAUCCUGGAAACGAUGUUCUAAAUACGCCAGGACCAGGCCAUUAUGAUAUUAAAGAAAGCCAUUCACUUCAACCAAUUAACAAAGGUUUUACAACAAGCACCCGCUUAAAUAUGCUGCUUUCUAAUGGGCCUGGACCUGGUUCUUAUAAUUUGGAAACUCUUAAAGUGCAAACUAGCAUGAAGUAACCUUUUGGAAUAAUAAGGAUAGAUUCCCAAAGCAAUAGAGGACUAUUGAUAAACUCGAUCCUACUCCUGGACCUGGGGCAUUCCUUACGGUUGUGCAAAGCAAGUAAGGGAUUUCAUUUGGAAAGAAAUUACAAGCUUAGAGUGAAAAGUAGUUUGUGCCUGGUCCUGGGACAUAUCAAUUGAAAUCUUUUGCUGAGUAAAUCUCUAAAGGAACUAAGUACAUUUACAUUUGAUGCUUAAGGAUUGGAACCUCGAAUAGAAGCCAGAUGUUAUUGUAAUAAGGACCUUCUCCUUUGAAUUAUGAUAUAUCUCAAUACAAGCCUCCCUCUAAAUAUUCAAGUUUUGGAAAUGCAGAGCGGAAAACAAUGCAAGAGAAAAGUGAGUAUACUCCUGGGCCUGGAACUUAUUAUUUGGGAGUCAGUCUUUCUAAGUUGGGACCUGUUAUUGGCAAGUCUUCAAAAGAAUAAAUGGUUAUUCAUGAUUCUCUACCAGUAUUUGAUAAGUUUAAUUUUUAAGGGACCAGGAAAAUACAACUUAAAUGAUACUUUUUCAAGAGGACCCAGUUACCAUAUUGCAGGCAAGCAUGAGAAGCAAUAAGAGCAAUCUCUUGUGGGUCCAGGAAGAUAUUAGAUCAAUAGGGAUAUUACUGAUGGUCCUAAAUUCAAGUUUUCUACGAAGGAAAAGACAGAUUCUAAAGAUCAUUCUUAAUCAUAGUUCUAUGAUAUUCAGGCUAGUCUGGGAUUUAUACCAAAAUAUUUACUAUAAAAUUGA